GCUCCGGGUGGCACUGGUGCCCCCCGACCGUGCAGUGACCCCUGGGUGUCCCCCGCAGAGCCCACCCCGGCACCAUGCAUUCCCUGGAGGAGCCCUUGGACCUCAAGCUGAGCAUCUCCAAGCUGCGAGCUGCCCGCGAGAAGCGGGGCCCCUCCGGCCCCCGAGCCCGCGCUCCCCAGCGCCCGGACACCCCGCCGGCCGGGGAUGGCCGAGGGGGCAGCCGGGGGGGUCGCCGGGCCGUGCCAGCCCCGCCGUCGCCCGGGCUCCUGGGACACUCCAGGCUGGUGGAGCCGCGGGACGGGCGCUUCCCGGCCGCCGUGCCGGUGGUGGACCUCAGCCUCUCGCCCCGCUCCGGGGGGGAGUCUCCGGCUGGCAGUGCCUCGCUGUCCCCUGAGCGCCAGGGCAGCGGGGACCUGCCCGGCCCCCUCACCCCACACGAUUUCCAGUCCCUGCGCUACAUCGAUGGCCUCCCCAGCUCCUUCCAGUUCUUCCUGCCGCUGGGGGCCGGGGGGGCCCUGCACCUGCCCCCCGCCGCCUUCCUGCCCCCCAGCAAGGAGAAACGGCUCCCCCCCGAGCUGCCCCUGCCCAAGCAGCUCGUCUGCCGCUGGUCCAAGUGCAACCAGUUCUUCGACCUCCUGCAAGACCUGGUGGACCACGUCAACGACUUCCACGUCAAACCCGAGAAGGACGCGGGGUACUGCUGCCACUGGGAGGGCUGUGCCCGCCAUGGCAGGGGCUUCAAUGCCAGGUACAAGAUGCUGAUCCACAUCCGGACGCACACCAACGAGAAGCCGCAUCGCUGCCCCACCUGCAACAAGAGCUUCUCCCGCCUGGAGAACCUGAAAAUCCACAACCGCUCGCACACAGGUGAGAAGCCCUACAUCUGCCCCUACGAAGGCUGCAACAAGCGUUACUCCAACUCCAGCGACCGCUUCAAGCACACCCGCACGCACUACGUGGAGAAGCCCUACUCCUGCAAGAUGCCGGGCUGCCACAAGCGCUACACCGACCCCAGCUCCCUCCGCAAGCACAUCAAAGCCCACGGCCAUUUCGUGUCCCCCGAGCACCCGGAGAUGCUCAAGGUCCACCCGCCUCCCAAAACGUCCCUGGGCUCGGCGGAGGUGCCCUACGUUAACGGGGCGCAGCUCGUCAUCCCCAACCCCGCCGCCCUCUUCGCUCCGCCGGGGCUGCCGGCGCUGCCCAUCCCUUUGGCACCGGCGCCGCUCGACCUCAGCGCGCUGGGCUGCGGGGCUGCGGGCGCGCUGCCCGCCCUGCCCGGCCCCGUCCUGCCCCUCAACGGCGGCCCCUUGAACUUGGCCAAGAGCCCGCUGCUGCCCUCGCCCUUCGCGGCGGGGCUGGGGCUGCCCGUCAUGUCGCUGCUGGCCGGCGGGGCCAAGGCCGAGGGGGAGAAGGGCAGCGGGGCCGAGGGGCGGCCGCCCAAGGCGGGCAAGGGGCUGGAGAGCCGGAAGGAGAGGGGCGAAAGGACGGAGCCGGGGCGGCCGCGGGUGCCCCCCGAGAGCCUGGCGCUGUUGCCGGGGGCCGUGCUCGACCUCUCGGCCGGUGUCAGCUCGGGGGGCAGCCCCGAGGCGCUGCCCCCCGGCUGGGUGCUCAUCCCCCCCGGCUCCCUGCUGCUCAAACCCGCCGCCGUCAACUGAGGGGUCCGACGAUGC